AUGAAAUAUGAUGCGGUUAUAUUUGAUCUCAACGCGAACCCCAAUCAAAUCGAUGAAGUCCUUUGGGUUGCAACAGAGAUGGAAAAAGCGUCUGGAAAUUUUGAAACCCAGAAGAAAUUUAUCCUUAUAUCUAAUUUGUUGAGCUGGACAACGACAAAACCAAAUGAUCCCGAUGAUCCCGGUUUUGUGGAAUCAGAGUAUCGCAGACGAAAACCUCACGAACGGUUUACAAAGCUUCAUGAAUUGGAAAAAGAAAUAAUAAAACUUGGAAAGAAGCGUAAAAGAAAAUUUGUCACCUAUGUCAUAGCUUGUGGACUGAUUUACGGUUGCGGUGAAUACAUUUUCCAACAUUUUUUCCGACAAGCGUGGUCCGAGCAGUCUCCUUUACCCAUCUAUUAUGAGGGACAGAACGUUCUGCCCACUAUCCACGUGCUAGACCUGGCGAACAUUGUUCAGAAUAUCCUCGAUAAUCCACCGCGACAGCGAUACAUUGUGGCCAAAGAUGACAGCGCCAACACGUUGGCAGAAAUUGUCCAGGCCAUCUCCACUCAACUAUCGAGGGGAACGACACUCUACUUACCAACAGCGGAAUUGGUACGAGCAGAGGAAGUGCCGCAACGCACAUUGGAUCAACUCACCAUGGACCUGAGAAUCGACGCAGUCACGAUUAAAGAAGAAAUGCAAGUCCGUUGGGUUUGCGAGAACGGUCUAGUGGAAAAUAUUUCCCGUGUGACGUCCGAAUUUGUGGAAGCUAACGGUUUGAUGCCACUCCGACUCUGUGUGCUCGGUCCACCGGGUGUUGGCAAAACCGGACUAUCGAAAGAAUUAUGCAAAACAUACCGUCUGCACCAUAUUCACUUGAAAGCGGUUAUUUUCGAAGUCUACCGAAAUCUGAUCGAACCAAUCAGAGCGCUUGAGCGUUUACAUGAGAUGCGGAAAGCGGAACAGCUAGCAGCCGAAGCUGCAGCCGCAGCCCGCCAACGUGAACUCGAGCUUGCUGAGAUGUCAGCGGCGGAAGAGCAUGAGGUUGAAAAGGAGGAAAUUUUGGAGGCAAAUGCUGGAGAGGCUCCGGCCGCCGCUCCGAGAUUACAACCAAGACCGACGGAGGAACAGCAACCGCGAAAGUCACGUGCGCCCCCCUUGGCAAGUGGAACGUAUGAAACCACAGAGUACGAGGAGUAUAAAUACACGCUGACUGCAGACGAGGUGCCAUCAAUCCGACGUUCGACGUACACGGAAUCCAUGGCCGACAUGGACUAUUACCCACUGGACCCACCGCCCACCUGGAAGUCGGAAGAGGAACUCGAGCUGCUAGUGAGUGAUGCUCAAGAGCAGUUGGACAAUCUUGCAGAGAACACAGAUGAAAACGGCCGAUUGAACGAUGAAACGUUAAUGCGUUUGGUGGUGCAGAAACUCCUCAGUCAUCCAUGCCAGAAUCAGGGCUUCGUGUUGGACGGAUUUCCCAAGACCAUAGCACAAGCUGAGCUACUUUUCCGGCCUGACCCAGCUGAUGAAGAAUCGAUGGCAGAUGAGAAGCGCCCAGCCUCCCAUAAAUUGCUACUCCCCCAUCACGUGUUCAUGCUACAAGGGAGCAAUGCUUACGUGUUGCAUCGGCUCAACCAACAAGCCGAGGCUUGUGGUAUCGAUCCGACGAAAGCGCGUGUGAUUCCACCCAUAUGGCCAAUCGGAUUUCGCACGCAGAGAACUCCCACGAUAGCUCCGAACGACUCCUACUUCAUGCAAACAGAGAGCGUGACGAACGAAGAGCAUCAAACCGGGACCAUAGGGGAAGACACAGUGAAUGAGGUCAACGACGAUCAGGGCCAUAUCAGAAGACGCCUAGAGGAGCUGGAAACAUAUUAUGAUCGAUUUCGGCGGCGCCUGGAUCGGUUCCGUGCUCUCAUGGCUCCUGCUGCUGCUCGACACCGGGAUAUACUUGUCGCCUCUGCGGAACGAAUCGCCAUGGACGAGGCUGAAGCUGAACAGGAGCGUGUGUUGAUGAGCCUGCGAGCAGAGAUUACUGCGGUACCCACUACCAACAGCACCGAAGAGAUUGUCGACGAUGAACCAGAGGUCAGAGAAGGUGAACAGUCCGAGGACGUGUUUUCGACAACCGAUCAAGUGCUAGUAGCUACAGCCAGAGAAGCGUUCCAGUUGAAAUAUAAGAAGACGUUGCAGGAACGCCUUUCGCAAAUUCCAGCCCUACCGGAAGUCCCCGGAGAUGAGGAAGAGAAUGUGCUGACUUACUUCGACAUUCGUGAGGUGCAUCCACUGUGUUUGGACAUGGACAAGGAUUUCAGCAAGGUGACCGACAAUGGCGCCUAUCGGGAGUUAUGCAUGCAACGUAUAGUCAAGUGUAUCGGCCGUUCAGCUGCCGUCCCACUUCCCACUUCCACUGCUUGUCCACUCAAGGCCGUGGAGCAAGAGUACGCCCUACAACUGCAACAGCGAUCAGAGAAACAGCGCCACAAACGAGUUCUAUCUGCUCGCGAAAGAUUAAGGCGGCAAUCAGAGGAAGAUAAGAAGUUACUGGCUAAACAGCAGGCUGAAUGGGACCAGUGGUUGGAAUUGAUCAAAACUCAACGCCAUCAAUGUGCCGAGGCCAAAGCACUCCCAAUGCGGCACUAUUUGAUGAAGUAUGUGAUACCAGAUUUGACCCAGGCGCUGUUGGCUAGCGCUGCUGUUCGUCCGAAUGAUCCUAUCGAUUUUGUGGCUGAGUAUCUCCUGAAGAACGGAGCGAAGCUCUAA